AUGGCCGACUGCCCGCUCCUCGUCUGGAUGUUGUCUAUGAAUCGAGAAUACACGCUGGAGGAGUAUGACGCUUGCUACAAAAUCAUCGCUGAAUGCGUCCCACAUGUCCAGAUAGCCCACGAUCCUCAAAAUGCCGACUCUUUUCGCCAGGUGAUGACGCAUAUGCUGCCGCUGCUCAUGAUGCGCCAUCGACGAAUACCACGAGCUAAAUGGCGAGACUGCGUGACUCAGAAUGGUAAACAUUGGAUAGAGCAGAGUCCCGAUGAGAUGUCGCCUGAAAAAUUUCUGCAAUCCAUGAUUGGCUACCAUCUCGCCUACGACGCGUCUCUGUGUGGGAUGGCCAUGACCCAGGGCACCCAACGCCACGUAGUGAACAUAGGACUUGGCAUCAAGAUCGUCGCCGUCGACCCACGGGGGGUGUCUGUUCCAGCUUAUGUUGAAUCUAUGGCUCACAAGUUAACUGCCAAGGAACUGGCAUCAUUAUCUCUAGAAUCUGGGGAUGAGGUUGCACUACGUCGACUGUGCAUUCUCCUUUCUCUCAAGGCAGCAUAUAUCAAGGCUAUCGGUCAACCAGAUGGUUUCGACUGGGCCCGUCUCGAAUUCGACAUUGCUCAGAGGGCUGCUAGUGGCGAUGGGCAUCCUUUACUCGGUUGGGAGUUCCGAAUCUUCCGAGCAAAUCUCGGUGUAGCCAGGAAAGACCAGUUACGCGAGGAGCAUUACCAAUGUGUCUGCGCAUUCUUUCGCGGCACCAAGGAAAGCACUUUCGUCUGGCACGAGUCUAUCGCCGACUUGGAAAAUUGGGUUCAGUUCAUCAAUAUCGACCAAAUGCUUCGCGUUGUACCCAAACUGAUGGCAUAG